CACAGAUCUCAGCCUGAACUCAAAGAUGUCUUCCACAUCCUUGCUAGUGUUGCUGCUGGGACUGGUGGUUCUCACUACCUCGUCUCUUGCUGACUACCCCAAGCAUCCCCCACUUCAGAAACCACCUACGGAACACCAACCACCAAUUAAACCUCCCAAUGGAGAGAAGCCACUCCCCGAACACAAGCCACCAAGUCCGUUUGGCAAACCACCCCAGGGAGAGAAGCCCCCACCACAACACAAGCCAUCUGACAAAACUCGUAAGCUUCUCCAGGUAGAGAAGCCGCUUCCGGAGCACAAGCCGCCGGUGAAGGAACCACCUACGGAACACCAGCCACCAAAUGAACCUCCCAAGGGAGAGAAGCCAGUUCCCGAACACAAGCCACCAAGCCCAUUUGGCAAACCACCCCAGGGAGAGAAGCCACCACCAGAACAAAAGCCAUCUGACAAAACUCGUAACCUUCUCCAGGGAGAGAAGCCACUCCCCGAACACAAGCCACCAAGCCCAUUCGGCAAACCACCCCAGGGAGAGAAGCCACCACCAGAACACAAGCCAUCUGACAAAACUCGAAACCUACUCGAGGGAGAGAAACAACUCCCGGAGCACAAGCCACCAAGCCCAUUAGGCAAACCACCAAAGGGACAGAAGCCACCUCCUUCCGGUCACAACCCUGGGCACCCUCCUGCAGAGAGUGCCGAAGACUCAUACAAGCCACCUCAGAAGAUUACGCCUCCUUCAACUCCAACAAAGAAGCCACCAGCUCCUACCCAGAAGCCACCCCACAAACCACCAUCUCCUACCCAUCCCAACUGAGUGACUUUGGUUAGUUUGAGAUUUUGAGUAAUACGUAAAAUAAGAGCUGCUACCCGCUGUGAACUUAUCAUGUUACUCUUUCCCUUCUUUCCCUGCAAGCCUAUAGGUUCUAUGUAUAAGUCGCUGCUAUGUUUCUGUUUGAGAAUGGUGAUGAGUACUCAUUGUAGGUUUCUCUACCUUUGUAACACUGUCUAUUUUAUUAUGUAGUGAAUAUUGAGUGUUACUUAUAGUGCCAUCUACAAUUCAGAUUUCCUUCUA